AUGUUGUUCGUUCUCGUAGGGUUGUGUUUCCUCCUGGUGAACGCCAGCAAUGAAUAUCCUGAAGCACUCGCAAAAUGUACCACCUAUGAACCAGUGAGUAGAGAGUAUAUUGAUUUCAAUGGAAGGUACAACGCCAAUUUGGACUUGAACAGCGAAUUUUCGUAUGCAGCUUGCUAUGACCUAGUUGUAGAACCCAACAAUGUCAACGUUAGAUAUGAGUCUCAAAGGACUUUCGCUGGUAAAAACAGCAGGCUGCCGCUCAGAAGUAAGGUGCGAUUGGCGCUCGCAGCUGGACGUGGAAAAAAUAAAGACUUGAACAGCGAAUUUUCGUAUGCAGCUUGCUAUGACCUAGUUGUAGAACCCAACAAUGUCAACGUUAGAUAUGAGUCUCAAAGGACUUUCGCUGGUAAGAACAGCAGGCUGCCGCUCAGAAGUAAGGUGCGAUUGGCGCUCGCAGCUGGACGUGGAAAAAAUAAAAUAAUGUCUCUCGCCCCACAAACGAUAUAUGGAUGCAACAGUUGGUCGACGGUGAGAAGCUAA